AGGUUUGGCGAUGCGCGAGGAAAACUGUCCGUGACUCCGCGCGCAGUCAGUCAGCUCCUGCACUGGAGUACGCGGUGAGCGCGCGGCUGACUAGACCGCUGAGUGGAGUAGGUUCCCAGCCACACAAAGCGAGCCAGGAAGUAGGCUACACGCAGUCCAGAUCGUGCUGCCCGACUUUGCAGGCGAGCUGCAUGGAUAUAAUUUGUCGGAGGCCCCCCAAAAGCCGCUGGAGCACACGGAUGAAAUCUUAGAACCCUGGAUACCUAGCUAGUUAGCUGCAUAGCUGGAAUUAUUCUUGAAUGCACUACAUUGUUUUCGUAGUGCACUUACAUUUUUUAAGAUAGUUUGCUGUAUUUUUUGCACAUCGCUUACCUAGCUAUUGUUGCAAGAUAGGUGGCUUGCUCGAUGCUUUUUUUCCGUUAGCUUUUGUCUGUGGCUAACAGCGUGUUCUGAAUCAAUGAAGCUUGUCGUCUGAAUGACUUUGGUGCUAUUUUUAGCGAGGUAUGGAAGCUAGCGAGUUGGCUGUACAGUUUUGCUAUCGUAACCGACAUUGUUCCCGACACUGCCACUGAAAUAUUGAUACUGUUUGACUGCCAGUCAGCUUUCGAGCCAAAAGCUGACAGUGUUGUAAUUUUGUAAAGCAUCAAGUCGGUUAAUACAGAGAACCAAGUUUUAGUAGCCCGACAACAUCCAAUGGACCGUGGACCAUGCAUUGUUUUAGCUGACCGGUGAAACUGAGAAGUUAGCCGGCUUUUCAAACAAAAUAUUCCAUUGCAUUGUCUCUACGAAAAAGAAUGUAUUUACGUUCUAAUAUUGUUCUUUCUGGAGAUAGACUGUUGGACGUGGUUUAGUUAGCUUGCAGGGCACAACUUUAAAUAUCGCUUCUGUUUGCACAUUGUUAUCGCUACUUUCAUGACACUGAUAGAUACGCUAAGGGCUGGACCGUUUUAGUAAGCGAGGGAGCAAACUUUAAAAGCUUCAGGCAGCGUCGGUGCGACACUGAUAAGUUCAAGGUUAACCUCGCUGGAAUCCUCGCACGAGAAGACCCAGAUUUUGUCGGGGAUACCACACCGAACACUCAUGAACAUACAGAGGUCAACCCCCAUUAACAUAACACGUUAUGGGAGAUCGAGACACAAAGCGCACGACUUCGAGGAGCUCUCUUGCUUGAGGACUACAGAAUCCGUUCAAAGUUUUAGCCCGAAUUUGGGAUCCCCGAGCCCCCCCGAGACGCCCAAUUCUUCGCACUGCAUUUCUUGCAUUGGGAAAUACCUUCUGCUGGAGCCGCUGGAAGGAGACCACGUUUUCAGGGCGGCUCAUUUGCACAGCGGCGCGGAGCUCGUAUGCAAGGUGUUUGAUAUCACUCGAUAUCAGGAGUCUCUGGCAGCGUACUUUUGCCUGUCUGCGCACAGGAACAUAAACCAAAUAGCGGAGAUUCUUCUCGGAGACACAAAGGCCUACGUGUUCUUCGAGCGGAGCCAUGGGGACAUGCACUCGUUCGUGCGCGCCUGCAAGAAGCUGCGCGAGGACGAGGCCGCGAGACUGUUCCAUCAGAUAGCCUCGGCCGUCGCGCACUGCCAUGACAACAGCCUGGUCCUGAGAGACCUCAAGCUGCGGAAAUUCGUCUUCAAAAACGAGGACAGGAGCCUGGUGAUGCUGGAAAGCCUGGAGGACGCCUGCGUUCUGCGGGGGGAGGACGACUCGCUGUCGGACAAGCACGGCUGCCCCGCCUACGUGAGCCCGGAGGUGCUGAGCGGGGGCGGGAGCUACUCGGGCCGGGCGGCGGACGUGUGGAGCCUGGGCGUGAUGCUGUACACCAUGCUGGUGGGCCGCUACCCGUUUCACGACCUGGAGCCGGGCUCGCUGUUCAGCAAGAUCCGGCGCGGCCACUUCAGCCUGCCGGAGAGCCUGUCGCCCAAGGCCCGCUGCCUGAUCCGCAGCGUCCUGCGCCGGGACCCCGCCCAGCGCCUCACCGCCCGCGAGGUCCUGGACCACCCCUGGCUCGCCUCCUCCCUGGACGCCCCGCCCCAGCCCGGCCCCGCCUACGGGCGUGGCGGCGCCGACCGGGGGUCCUGGGACCAGCUGGUGCCCGACGUCAACAUGCAGGAGGACCUGGACAAGUUCUUCAGCUGAGGCGGGGGCA